AUGGCACUGAACGGAUGUGGCCAGCUGUGCAAGUGUAUCCUCAUCAUUUUCAACAUCAUUUUUGCCUUGGUGGGUUUUGCGAUGUUCGGGUUGGGCUUGUGGCUGAGGUUCAGCUCUGAGACCAGAGGAUUUUUCGACAUAGACCUCAACACACAACAGUUUGUCAUCGGUGUGUCAGUGUUGAUUGUGUUAGGAGCAGUGAUAUUGCUCGUGGCUGUUUUCGGAGGCUUUGGAGCAUGCAAUGAGAAUAUGAAUGCAUUGGCAGGGUUUUCCAGCCUGCUGGGUAUCCUGGCUGGAUUAGAGAUUGGAGCCGGUGUGUUAGCCUACAUGAGAAGCGAUGUGGUGGGAGAGCAGCUGGCAAUAUUCUAUAUGACUGUGUACGCUCAGUAUGUGGACAAAGGAGACCCUGGCUUGGCUGUUACCCUGUCCAUGUUCCACAAUGUGUUGCACUGCUGUGGAAUCAUUGGUGCCUUGGACCUCCUGGUAAAAAAUACAUGUCCAAAAAUCAGCAUUUUGGAGACCUUCACUCUCCCUGCCUGCCCCACAAUGAUCGUCAACCUCGUUGAGUCCAAAGCGCCUCUGGUGAUGGGCCUCUUCCUUGGCACUGCUGCUAUGCUGAUCACAGCCCUGGUGUGCUGCAGCAUCCUCAUGAAACAGAUCAAGAGGAGUCACCUCUCUUCCCCCGUGUACUGAGGGGACAGGACCACCAUGUUCAAACAUUUUUCUCCACUAUGAGCCCAAAGCAGAUGGUUGUCAUUCAGUGACCAUCACCCCAUUCUUUCACUUAAUACUUCUGAAGAGGCACCCAAUAAAAAUGGAUGUCCUAAUUAGCUUAAAUUCAUUUGCGUAGCUGGACAGGGCUCUGGAUCAUCUGGACAUGCUUUAGCAGGGCUCAGAAUGAGACCACACCC